CCCUCUCUAUCAAGUCAUCAGGCAUCUCUCUUGCCGCUUUGAAGAAAAGAAGCCAGGUGACAGAUCUCAUUGAUUAUAUAUGGUGCCAAUGCUUUGAUCUGUGCGCUUUCCAUUGAUUUCAUCUGUAAAGAGGUGUUUUACAGAGAUCGGUUGUCACAGCCUUCCCCCUCCUCCCCUCGUUAUCAUUCCCAGCACAUAAAGCUCACAGUCAGCAUGAAUCUAUCCGCUCCCUCCGCUCUCCUCUAUUCUCACCUACAAUGCAUGGCUCUGAUGGUUUUUCUGUGAUCUAGUGCCGACUCCAAGGGAGGGAUCCAACCAUAUUGAAUGAGAGCAGCUCAAGAGGACCUAAUCCCGGAUUUUCACACAAGGAACAGGCCAACGUCUUCUGUCUGUCGCUGUCGUUGAUUCCUAUGGCAAAUGCAGCUCCUUCCAUCCACAACAUUCGAUUAAGCUAUAUGGGGACAUCAAAUACGGUGCUGGACAUCAUUGUUUUCUGUUUUUUAGCUCAUCCCGGGAGCAGAGAAAAGCAACUCCUCAGAAAGGAAGUGACGUGUAUUGCCAAGCCUCAGGCGUUGGAUGACUUCUUGCUCUCGGGUCCUCUGGACAGAUUACAUGUCCAUCAAAGUCACAUGCACAACCUGAGGAAAGAUGGGAGGGAAAGAGACUGGCGCCUUCAAAAUCCAAGCUACGAUGGAAUAUCCUAUGCACCUUCUUUUGGAGAUCUGAGUUCCGUCUGCACAGGGGACAUGUCUCCAGCCUUAGAUUUUGCGUCAUAUCUAGGCCUAAGUGUUUCCUAUCCAGAUUUUCCACCACGCUAUGAUGAAUGCGUGGGACCAGGAACUUCAGGAUCAUACCUGCCCACUGACGAGCCUCCUCCUUACUCCUUGGAAGACCCGCAACAGCUUCCACGUGAACUGGCACUCAGUGACAACACUGAAGAGAUUGCUCUGAGAUCUCUUGACAACACGGAAAAUGACCUGAUCACCCCUUCAUUGUCUGCUGCUGACCUCCAUGAUGUUUCACCAAGUAGAACCACAAGCAAGACAAGCCAACACCUGCCUAUUAUACCAAUGGACAUCCAAAAAAGCAUGGCAUCAUCGACCACUCUUGCUUCAUAGGUUCAGCUCCAGCCGAAGUUUU